CUGUGAUUUCGGCGGCUGCAGUAAAAUAUUUAUAUACCACCACCACCACUGUAAGAGCACGAUCGGGAUACAUAACAGUCGCCAGAUCACAACUCGUUCCCAAAGCCUAAGCUAGUAUGGUUGCUGGACUCAAGUUCCUCUCGAAAAAGUCUUUCAAUCCCCAAAAUCUAACGAAUCAAAAGAGAGUCUGGGAACGCCAAGAACGAACCAAACAGGAAGAAAAGCGUGUCCAACAACGUGCCCGGCAGCUCCAGCGAGAGAGAGAUGACGAAGAACUCGCCAAGUCGCGAGGUGAUCAGCCAAAACUUGCUUUUCUCUACAAACCGCCACCCGGGCUGGAAGGAAAGGCCAAUCCCAACCAGAGAGGACCAGCGGUGGACUUGAAGGAGACACCUGCCGCACAUACGGAAACUGGUAGGAACGAUUUCGUUGAACGUCAACCCGGUGACAACGAUGCAGCCGCAGCGUUUCGUCAAAUGCUUGCCGCUGCUGCGGCUCCUAACUAUAACGACGAUAACGCCUCCAACGACGAGGCACCCUUCUCGACCAAAACCAUAUUUGGAACGGUCUUGCAAGGAACGUCGGUAGAAGCCACGCGCGAAAAGAAAACAAUGUCCGCCUUGGAAAAGGCCGUUGGGCGGAAUCACGAUAAAAAUACGGUCACGCUGGAUGAGCAGAUCCAACGCUUUCCUGCGCUGGCCAACGCACCACGGGUCAAAGGAGUGGACGAAACUUCGAGUGCCGUUCAAUUCAAACCGCUGGGCACCCAAAUCCGGAAUGUGCGCUGCCUGAAGUGUGGCGUAUGGGGACAUAGUCGGGGUGACCGGGAAUGCGAGCUGUCUGGAUGGAAUCCGUUUAAUUUACGUGGUAGUGCACCUUCGGCAACCAGUAUUAUGCCGAAGAAAGCUGUCGACAAAGACGGGAAAUCAGUUGAAAAAGAAACGAGUCAUCGCGCACGAGAAGAACGCUAUUCACAUUCAGAUGAAUGCAGCUCCAGUAGCGAUACCAGCGAGGAAAACAGAAGACGACGAAAAUACAAACGAAGGAAGCAAGAGAGACACUCAUCCGUGGACAAGGAACGGCACAAAUCGUAUAACAGAAAACGUAGCCACCGAGACGACACCGAUGUAACUGCGGACUCUGAUAAGGUUAGGCGACGUCGCUCGCGAAAGCAGUCAAGACGUGACGACAGUGGUAGGCGGAACGGUUACCGCUAAGUGGCUUGACAGAGCAAUUCUACCUUUCUUAAACCAACUAUCUAGGCCGCAUCCGGCUUGACCUUAGUAUGUACAUUAAAAAGCGUAGAGUGGAACUAGAUAAGUCGAUAGUUUGAUCGUA